CAUGCGCAUUCUUGAACAAUUAUCAAAAUGGCGGACAGCGAUGAUGAAGAUUUCGUGUAUCUUGGAACUGCAUUCAAGCAGUUUGAACCAGAUGCACCGCGUAAGAAAGCAGUCCCCGUUCACGAGCAAGUAGUGACAGAUGAUCGCGGGAGACGGCGUUUUCAUGGCGCCUUCACUGGCGGAUUCUCCGCUGGUUACUUCAACACAGUCGAUACGAAAGAAGGAUGGACCCCCAGUACUUUCAAAUCCUCACGUUCGAGGCGUGACUCCAGCAAAAACGCUACACAAAGACCCGAGGAUUUCAUGGAUGAGGAAGAUCUGGGCGAAUUUGGUAUCGCACCCCAAAGGGUUAUCACCACCGAGAAGUUUUUAUCGAGUGAUGAUCGGCAAAGGAAACGUCAGUAUGAUCAACCUUGCGCAGUAUCGGACAGACAGACUGCAGAUCCCCUGCUACAACACCUUGUAGUCCCUGUGAAGAUGUCGAUUGGUAACAGGUUGCUGACCCAGAUGGGCUGGAGGGAGGGGCAAGGAAUUGGUCCUCGAGUCAGGCAGAAUAAGAAGAAGGUUUAUGGCUGCUCUAGGCCUGAUGAUGCAGAAGAAGAGGAUAUAUAUGCCAUUGGUCUGAUGUUUGCCCCAAAAGAUGUGGAGUCUGUUUCGUAUGCCUCAAAAGACAACAUGCACGGUAUUGGCUACAGUGGGCUUAACCCACGGGCUGCACUCAUGUCCAAACAGGACUUACUAGGGGCGGGACCAUCACAGCCAAGCAGAGGGGUUUACGGCAUUCGAGGACAGGCAUUUGGUACUGGGGUUUUUGAGGAGGAGGAUGAUGACGUCUAUGCUCAGGACAUCAUGUCCAACUAUGACAUACCUAAGAACAUUUCUGCCGCCAAGAAGGCCAGUCCACGGAAAGACACACUGUUUGGGUGGACAGGGCCCCCUCAAGCAAGCGAUCAAGGUGGGUUGUUGUCAUUAUUCAGUGCUGCUAAAAAAGCAGCUCCUGCUAGGAAAUUCUACCCUCCCCCCGUCAUUCCAAGAGACUAUCAUCCCUUCAGAAAACCUGACGAGUCAGAGAAACCGCAGAAGGAAAACAGCAGUGUUACGCUCAAUCAGAAAAGCACACGCCUUACGGCUGAGGAGAGAGGGAAGAUCCUUGGUGAAGAGGCACUGCCAACGCCCAAGAAAUCAGUAUUUGAUUACAUAUCAAAGGAGGACCAGAGUAGAAUAAAAUCAUCAAAGGACGCGAAAGAAAAAACUGUAACAUCAAAUAAUAGUUCUGAGAGUUCCAUGUUAAGCAGGGCAAUCCCCACUGUGAAGUUAACCAGUGGAAGCUUCAAGCCCUUUGCUAAAGAUCCUGCAAAACAAGAACGCUACGAGCGCUUUUUGAGCGGAGAAAUCACUUCUACAGCACCUACAGGAAAUGCGCUGACAGAAUGGGAACGAGAACGAGAACGAGAGGAGUUUGCACGUGCUGCGAUCCUAUAUCGGCCACUCAACCAAGCCAUGGCAUCUCGUUUCACCUCCGCAAAACAAUCAGACGAACUAUCUUUUUCAGAUCCUGUAAGCGAGAAGGUUAUGGACAAGUCAGACCAAUUUAAAGCUGCUGAAAAGAAGAUGUUUGGGGCCUUGACGCGUGAACGAUUUCAGUGGCACCCAGACAGGGUGUUAUGUAAGAGGUUUAAUAUACCGGACCCCUAUCCUGGCUCAGGGGUGGUGGGCGUGCCCCUGACUCAGCAGGCGGGACGGGGUUGGAGGGAUAAACCGGAAAGUGUGCAACUUAAGGCUAUUCUUCCGACCUCCGCAUCUAUGGGACAGAAAGAAGCCUCUUGCGCAGGGCAUGUCGAUUUCGUGGUGGAAGCUAGUCUGGGAGAAAAAGUUCGUUCAGAAAAGGCUGGUAAUGAUAAGGAACAUCAAACAUCCAGUACUAGCGGCGAUACUAGAGCUUGCAAUGCUGAGCCUGAUGCUGACACGAGUACUGGGAAAUCCUCCGCGUUACUAUCAGGGUUCCAAUCACUUGCUCAAAGACAUAAGGCAACGGAGAAAGCCGUAGAUGGUAUUCCAGGAAGCAGCGGCGCAGGUAAGGUGGGUGAUUCCUCACAAGAGAGUGGACCUGUUGCUGAUAGCAACGUGGUCCAAAGGCCGUCCAUGGACAUCUUUAAGGCAAUAUUCGCCGAGAGCUCUUCAGAUGAGAGCGAACAAAGCGACUCUGAGCACGAGAACACGAACGAAAGUCGUUCGACAGUCGGGCCAGAGCCAGAGCAGUCGAGACUGUCGGUCAUACCCGAGCCCAAGCACGAGGUAAUUACGAACUUUCCACGAACAUCGACGAUAGACAUCGGGGAGAGUUCGGUUAAAGAAUCUAAUGAGCUUGAUAAUAAUGCUAAACAAGAUGGUAAAUCUUCUAUAUUGGGUUUGCGAACGAAAGAUUUGGAAUCUGACGCUCAAAGAACUGAUUUUGAUAUUCCAAAGAUUCAGUUCUCCUUACCGUCCAAGACAAAGAAACCUUCUGAUACCGAGGCUUACGGACCUGCGCUUCCACAAAGUUCGGUUCCAGUUAGUUCCAAACAAUGCGUCAAUACUAUAACAAUUAGUAAGGUUUCCGCCGAGAGAUCGGACGAGGAUGAAUACGUAGAAAGGACUGUGAAAAAGAAAAGCCAUAAAAACAAGACACGCAAUAAAACUGACACGGAUUCGAGCGACGUGGAUACUGGAAGACAUGUUAAGCGCAAGGAGAAAAAGAGAAAGGAAAAAAAGAGACGCCGGGAAAAAGAUAGCAAUGAAAAGACAAGAGUUUCCAAGUCAAGCAAAAAUUUCAAGGCAGCCGAGAGUGAAAAAAAGAAGAGAAAGAAGAAGAAAAAAUAUAGAGGUCAUUCAUCUGAUUACAGUACGAGUGACGAUAGCUCCGACGGUGAACGCCGAGAGCGUAGCACCAGUAGAAAAGACAAGAAAAAGAAUAAGAAAGCUCAGCGAGAGUAUUCAGACACCAGUAGCGGUAGUGAGGGAGAAAGUGAUAGCAGGGAUAAUAGGGCCAAAGAACGGGCAAGUGAGAAAAGCAAAUUAAGCGAUAAAAGUAGGACAAGUGAGAAUACACCUGAUCCGAAAGAGAUCAUGAAUAAGCUAAAUAACAUCCGGGCUUUCAAAGAACAAAGACGCAUGCGUGCUUCUGAUUUCAUGUGAUUGCGCCCGCGUGACACAUCGUUAUUAGGGUAGCGGAUUUAUCUUGGGAAGUAAUAUUUUGCAAUAAAGUAUUAUUGAUUAUU